AUGUCUUACAACGCCCGUCGAGUCUCCCGUUCCAAUGGCAAGUCAGCGCUCCCGGUAGAGACUGACCAAGGAAGCAGCAAUGCUUCCACAACCCCUAUCCGGGGAAGUCAUGUAAAUGGACUUCUCCCUAGCCGCCCUCGACGUAAAGCAGUUGCUUUGGGUCGAUCUAAUUAUGUUGACGACCCCCUGGAUGAUUCGGUCGAUCCUACCUUCGACCCCCCUCAUCAGCCCGAGCCUGAGCCUGAACCUGAGCCCGAGCCUGUCGUCGAAGACGAAGACGACGAUGAUUAUAUAACCGACGAAGAUGAGUUGGAGGAAGAGGAAGACGAGGAAGAGGAUGAUCCCGAGGAUCAUGACCAUGAAUGUGACAGCCAUUGUCACCAUGGUUCGGACGUAGAUGACGACUCGGACGAUGACGAGCCACUUGUUCCGAAAAGGAGAUUGGCUCUAAAGCGAGCCGCACCGGUGGCCAAGAAAGCCAAAUCUCGUCGCUCGGCAAAGAAGCCGAGAAUCAGUGAUGUGGACGACCAGCUUGUCGAAGAUUGGCUUGCUGAAGUUAAUGAGAAGUAUCCCGUCAGGGCUAAUGAUCCUGAUGUUAAGAGGUUCGAGAAGAAACUGCGGGCCUUGGUGGUGCGCCUGCAUGAGUGGGCCAAGUCUAGAGAUGCAAGUUGGUUCCGUCUGCCGAGAUGGCGCAGAGCUACCACCUAUUCCUUCCGGUGCUACGUUGCAAGGGAGGACCCAGAUGAGCUGACAGGUACUCUGCUGUCAGCUAUGCCUAGAAUUGCGAGAAAGAUUCUAGGAAAGGAGGGUCUGCGGCCCGAGGACCUCCUUGACCUUCCGACAGGUGCUGAAGACCUUCGCCAGAGAGCGACAUAUUUCGACAUUGUCACUCUGAUGGAGCCGUCGCAAGUUAUCCGGAAAAAAUCGCGACAUUGGAGAUUCCGAAACGGUCUCCUAGUAAAGACACUGAAGAAUGGGGUCGACCCCAAGACUGCUCGCAAGAUAAGUGUGUACUGUGGCUCAGUUGUUGGCGAAAAGGGCUGCAGACAACGAAUGCAGACACAUGUCAGAUGCGGCAACAAAGCUGAGGAGACCGCCUCAGCCUCUCAUUACAAAGAGGCCACCAAGCAGAAUGCGGUCCAGAACCUACGUGUGGCCGCAGCUUUCCAAAAUCCCAAGUUGCAACCAGUCCAGCCAGAUACGGACCAGAGAGCCCCAUCUGUCUUGUUGGAGGGUAUCCUCAUGACGUAUCUGGGACUCUAUCUAGAUGGGAAAGAUGACAGCGGUUUCGAGGCACUUCACCCCCAGUGCACCUUUGAUCUCAGUAAAGAGCUCAGGAAAGGGCUCGACCUUCCCAACUUCUUGGCCAUCAGCCUCAACAACGCUUGGCCCCUUUACCAAGGAUAG